UUAGCGCUAAACAAGCUUGUGCAUGCGGAUAUCGGAUGAACGAGUGGUUUCCAAAACCACGAUACAGUCACAGAAUAUAACCAUCUGGAUGUCUUGCUGGGGUUAUCCUUCAUGUACCUUUCCAGCAGACUGAGUUUCUGUCGAAUGAGAAGAACAUCUUGCACCAUGGAUGGAUUCUGCCUUUUCUAUCUGCUCAUGAUCCUCCUGGUGAGAUCUGGUGAUGUUGAAACCAACCCUGGACCAGACAGGAUUGUCAGUGAAAAGGAAUUCUUAAAGCUGUCCAAGCAAAUUGAACCUAGCCACUACCAAGAGGUGGGCAUUAACCUGGACAUCUCCAUUGUAGAGCUUGGGCAAAUCAAGGAACGCAGCCAAAAUACCAGUGAUGCAUUGAUGACAGUCUUCACGAGAUGGAGAGACAAACAUCUUCCGGGCACAGACAUCAGGGCUCUUCUAGCAGAGGAAUUAGAAAGAAGUGACUUAGGGUCCCUCUCUGGCAAACUACUUGCUGGCAGUCUAGUCCUGAAGCGGACAGGUGCACCUGUUACAAUGCCAGGAUCACAGACCCCAACACUUUCUCCUGACCUGAUCAAGAGAUGUGCAGAUGAUUUCAAAUUCAAAUACCGGACAACUCUUUGUAAGAUCAGAGCUGAUCCUCUCAACCCCGAUUCUAUUGCGCCAUUCAAUGACAUGUACACAAACCUUGUCCUGGAAGAGGAAUAUAGACAAAGCAAGCGACCACUUGAGUACAGGGAUCUCUUUGAUCUUAAAGUCAAUGGGGAGUUCCCCAAGCGGAUCAUGGUCCAGGGAGAGGCUGGGGCUGGAAAGACAACAUUCUGUGCUAAGAUUGCCUGGGACUGGAUAACUGAAAAUCCUGUUCUUCCAAAGUUUGUGUGGGUACUUGUUGUCCCUUUUCGUGUAGCCAAGCAAAACACAAUCGGUGAGAUUGCCAAGUCGUAUCUCUCAAAGGACAACCCAGCAACAGCCUGCCAGAUCACUGAGUACAUCCGUUCAAAUCCAAGACACGUAUUCAUUGCAUUUGAUGGAGUAGAUGAGAUGGAUGGCAAUAUUGUACAGCAAAGGAAAGCUGGUUCAAAGUCAGAAUGUCACCAGCUAAAGUCUGCUGAUCAAACCAAGGCAAGAUCAGAAUCCAAGAAGAACAAGAAUAAGCGGCGAAAGUUACGGCAGCCAAAGUCAGGAAGCCCAUCAAGUGCCACUUCGCAGCCAAGAGUCAACAGUGCAGAGGCAAGUGGAAGUUCUUCAGAGAGAGGUGACAUUGCACUUACAGACAUUCUUCGUUCAGAUGAACUUGCCACCUGCCCGGUGUUGGUGACAAGUCGCCCAUGGAAGGUCACAGAGAUUAGAUGGGAUGAUAUUCUAAGGAACCAAUACACUUUCAUACAUGUGGAAGGAUUUAGCAAGGAGAAUGUGGAGGUUUACAUUCACAAGUACUUUCAAGAUGAUGGGGCCAAAGCAGAUCAGCUUAUCCAAUUAACCAAAGACAAUGUCAUCAUAUCUGAGAAUAUGGCUCCGUAUCCUAUCUACAUAGCUAUGCUCUGUCUGAUGUGGAGAGAACUUGAUGAUGAAAAACAAGAAAAGUUUAAGUCAUUACGAACUUUUUCUCAAAUAUUUGAUGAAAUAUUUGAAUUCUUGAAGGUGCAUUAUGCUCAGAAAAAAAUCCCAGUUUUAGACAGCCCAUCUUUCCAAGCCUAUCGCUCUCAAAUUGAGAAGCUCAUGGAACCAGUUGCCAAAGUUGCUUUCAUCGGGCUACAAGAAAACACCCUUAGUUUCAAAGAAGGUGAUUUUGCACAGUGCUCAGACUCCAUUGAAACAGCUUGCAGAGUAGGGGUGUUGUCUCAGGAGAAAAAAUUGUCAUCUAUAUAUGAUAAGAGCAGUAUGUUCCUGCAGUCUACUAUCUUCUUUCCACACAAACUGUUUCAAGAGUACAUGGCUGGGGUCCAUCUUUCUUCCCUGUAUGAAUUAGAUCACAAUGAAUUCAACAGGCUGAUUGAGCAAGUAGUGCUGCCUAGAAAGGAAGAGUUUCGGUAUCUCCUGUACUUCACCGUGUCACGGGACAAAACCAUUGCAAAGCAUGUCAUGAAAUGCAUGGUACAGGGUAACACCUCAGACCAUGAGGAGACGGAUUUCUUGGUUGAUGUAUCCUUUGAGAGUCAGGACCUAGAUACUGCAGCCUUGGUGAGGGGUAGAAUGUCAUCUCUGACAAUAUGGCCAUUCAUGACAGCACACACAAUAGCAGGUUAUUUAUUCACUGGACUAGGUGUACAUAAAGAUAUCGAUCGUGGAGUAAGUAGAGAAUUUGGACCAAUUAUAUCACAUCAUAUGGCAGAGAUUAUAUGCUCUGUGUCCUCUCUAAAGCAUGUUACACUAUGUGGAGCUGCCUUGCACAGUGACUUCUAUGCAGUUCUUGCUAAAGACGGAAACAAGUCCAAGGUGAGUGAAAAAACACAUUGUAAUGCCGUAGUCUAGCCUAAGGGGGCGCUUUGUC